GUUCAUUCACACACGCACACACAUCCUGUGGAUAAAUUCUCCAAAGGCUGGGCAGGUUUAAAAAAAUAGGAAAGCCAUCUAUUGUGAGAUUUUCUUCUUUAUUUGUUGAGAACAGCCUGCGUGUCUGUUGUCUGAUUUCAUUUAAGGCCAUCAUUUGAUAUUAAAACGUGAAGAAAAACUUUUGAGUGACUGAUACAGAAAAUUGAAGUCAUUUGAGUAGAUGAAUCUGUCUGUAGAUUUGCCAGAGAAUAUAUUUUCAUUGAUCUUGGCUUGCCCUCCACCAGCUUGGUGCAUAGCAACUUCUCCCUGCCUGUUACUGAAGCAGUAAGUUCCUGACACCAAAGGGUCUUCAUAGACAUUUGUAGAGACCUUUCCAAACAAGACUUGGCUUUUCUCAGGCAGAAGGUUUUGGAACGGAUGUUGGAAGAUGUUAGCUGUGGAUACUGGGCUUGUGGAGGAGUGGUUAUCGGAGUUCAAGACACUGCCAGAGGCAUCCAUAUCCAGCUAUGCUACAAACCUGAAAGACAAGAGUGCUCUGAUUUCAUCUCUUUACAGAGUAAUUCAGGAGCCACAAAGUGAACUUCUGGAGCCAGUCUGCCAUCAGCUCUUUGAGUUCUAUCGCAGCGGUGAGGAGCAAUUACUACGAUUCACGCUGCAGUUUCUGCCCGAACUGAUGUGGUGCUACCUUGCUGUCUCAGCCAGCAGAGAUUUGCAGAGCAGUGGAUGUAUAGAAGCCCUUCUUCUAGGAGUGUAUAACUUGGAGAUAGUUGACAAAGAGGGACACAGCAAAGUGCUGAGUUUCACUAUUCCAUCUUUGUCCAAACCUUCAGUAUAUCAUGAACCUUCCAGUAUUGGCUCCAUGGCUCUUACUGAAGGAGCUUUAUCCCAGCAUGGUUUGUCCAGGGUGGUGUACAGUGGACCUCAUCCUCAGAGGGAGAUGCUGACAGCACAGAACAGGUUUGAAGUGUUGACUUUCCUUCUGCUCUGCUACAAUGCUGCCUUAAGCUACAUGCCUGCAAUUUCUCUUCAGUCAUUGUGUCAAAUUUGCUCAAGAAUCUGUGUCUGCGGGUAUCCUCGCCAACAAGUGAGAAAGUAUAAGGGAGUAAACAGCAGGAUUCCAGUUUCAUCUGAAUUCAUGGUGCAAAUGCUAACAGGGAUUUAUUAUGCCUUUUAUAAUGGAGAAUGGGAUCUGGCUCGUAAAGCUAUGGAUGACAUUUUGUAUAGAGCACAGCUGGAACUGUAUCCAGAACCUCUGCUGGUUGCUAAUGCAAUAAAAGCUUCACUGCCUCAGGGUGCCAUGAAGUCUAGUAAAGAAGGUACAAAAUGCAUUCAGGUUGAAAUUACACCUACUUCAUCCAGGAUAUCAAGAAAUGCUGUGACUAGUAUGUCUAUCCGAGGGCACAGAUGGAAAAGACAUGAACAAGCAGAGAAUGGAAAUACAGAUUUAGGAAUUGAAGAAGAACUGAUAGAAGUAUCUGAAACUGAUGAAGGGUUUUACUCUAGGGCUGCUUCUAGCACAAGUCAGUCUGCUUUAUCUAAUAGCAGCAACACGAGCAGUAAGAACCUUUUAGGGAAGAGCCAACGAAGAUCUGGAGGAAGCAAAGCUGCAGGAAGAGAAAAAGAAGGAGAAACCUGUAGAGAACACUUGUCACGAAAGCAAACUCAGAGAGCCCUGAGUGAGAACCUAGAGCUUGUCUCUUUGAAGAGACUGACACUGACAACAAGCCAGUCCCUGCCUAAGCCUGGUAGCCAUAGUUUGGCCAGAACUACCACGACUGUGUUUAGUAAAUCCUUUGAACAGGUCAGUGGUGUCACAGUUGUGAAUAAUCGUGGAGGCGUAUCUGGUACAGAGGCAAACAGGUUCUCAGCUUGCAGUCUCCAGGAGGAAAAACUUAUCUAUGGAACGGAAAGAACAGACCUCCCAGCAUUAAGCAAACAACCUAAUCAACAGCGACCUCCUAGUAUUAGCAUAACUUUGUCAACAGAUUGAUAUCAUUACAUUGGCAAAAUGAAAUAUGGGGUUUUAUGCAGAUAUUGGUACUGUACCUUAAGCUCCUAGUAUGUCCUGUGUUACUUUCUUAAAUCUCAAACCUGUAAAUUCUUAUUCUGCUCACGUUUGACAGUAGUGGUAAAUAGAGUUCUAAUUAUUCUGCGUCAGCUUCUAAUAGGUUGGAAAGUUCCUCUCUGACAUCCUGCAUUUAUCCUCCAAUUCUUUAUGACUUCAUGCAGUUUGCAUCUUUACCAAAUUAACAAAUAUUGUUUUAGCUACUGACCAAGAUGUCUGGCUUUUUACAGAUGCACUAUGUAGGGACAGAGAGAUCCUCUAUCCCAGAUUCUACUACUCACUACUACUUAGCAUACAUAAAACUGCAAGUAUCUCUUUUAAGAGGAGCCUUGCAGCAUGAGUAUAACAUUUUGGAAUGGCACUGUAAGAAUAUAAGUGCUCUUCUGUGAGUUAUGAGGAAGGUAUACUUACAUGUGAGGUUAAAACUAGAAGCAUCAGUUAGUGUUUGAUGUUAUGGUGGUUUUUGUCAGUAUACACUGCAGUGUUCAUAUUUCUGUACGCCUACAAGUAUCUGAGGUAAAGAUGCAUUUUGUUUUAUAUAUGAAUCUUUGAAACUGGGCCAAAUGUCACGUGGUAGCAGUACUUGUGGAUGGCAGUUCUUAUCACCGACUCUAAUAGUCACUUUUCAGACAAGUGUGACUGACUCUAUUCCUUUCAGUUUCUCAAAUGUUGGGCACAAAACUUCUCAUGGAAAAGUUGCUGUCACUGGUAUUUGCAUUAUUUAUGAGGAGGAAGCGAUGUGCUUAUGUAGAGGUAUCGUGUGGAAAAUAAGGUAUGAACCCUUUGCACUGAACCAAACAAUUCAGGAGUGUAACUGCAUUUACCGUGAACUUGUUACUUGAGACUAAUAGUACCAAAGGAUGUGUACUUUCAGAAACUUGCAAGCACAAAGGGAAAUUACAAUGUAAAUAUAACUAGCAAUGUAACUGCUAGUGUUUUGUAUCUGUUAUUUUUCUAGUUAGAAAUCGUUGAAGUGUAACACGUUCUAAGUUACCUGACCUGUGUGGUGACCUUGUUUGAUACCAAUUUUUAUAAGCUUCAGGCUUUAAUUAAAAACAAACAUUAAAAUGGUUUACGUGGAAAUUUGGAGAAGCAAAAAAUCAGUGGCAGUGAUGAUCUGAUAGACAGCAAAUCCUGGUGCGUGGUGUGGAAUCGGGGUGAGGAUCUAAUGGCUGCUAAUUCCCAGCAGUCCUGAUUUCUGCAGCUAGUGAUCCUUUGUGUCAAGGACGUAGAAAGACCUCGGAACAGACCCGAGCACUAACAUUAACGUUCUGGUAGACUUUCUGAUCUGCCUAGAGAUGAAUGUCUGUGUCCCUUUUUAACUUAAACUGAAGCACAAGUAACAUUUAAGCAGCUAAUGUUAUUCAGGUUUGUAGUUGAUUAAUUAAGAGAUGAGAAGACGUAACUGAUAGGCGGUUAGUCGUAUCAUUCUACUUCUAAGACAGCAAACUUGUCGUGCACAUUUCAUAAUAUUCCUUCAACUUGUUGAAGUAGCUGCAGCAGUCCAUGGGUGUUUGUCUUCAGCUGAGUCUGAGUGUAAAUGAAUGUACCAUGCUUUCUCAUGUUCUUCAGUUGGUUGAAUGACACUGUUUUGUUUUUGCAUUGUAGUAUUUCACCUUCUCACAGUGAAAUGUCUUUUGAAUUGUACAUGAAAAUUUACAUUCCUAUUGUACAAACUAUCAACUUGUUUAGUGUUUAAUACUUUGGCCAGUAAAAUAAACUGGUAGUUUUUGAAAUUA